UUUGAUUUCCUUCGUUGAAUGAUGUAUACUAACGCCCUAAAACUUUGAAGAUUUUUUAUAUUUUGCCGUUGUAUUGCUUCUGUUCUUAACACAGUAAUUUGAUCAAGCACCACACACGGAAAUAUACACUUAAUUAUCUUCCUGUUUUUGCGGAACUUUAACACGAAGUAACUGCGUAUAAAUACCGAUUUGUUUAUGGUUAAAUACUAUAAAAAAAUCUUGUUACGACCAGAUACUUUGAGUUAUGCUUCCGUUGAUAACAUUUUAAAAUAUUUAAUUAAAACAACCUAACAAUAUUAUAAAGUCGGGAAUGAAAUAAUACCGUAUUUCAUAUUUUUAAUGGAGGGAAUUAUGCUUUGUCACAAUGCCGGCAGUUAUUUCAAUAACUGGAAAUACAUAUUCAUCAAGCAGCCAUUAUUUGAAUUUAAGACAGCAUAGAACAUUCAAUACAUAGAAUAUGAAGAACACAUUGUUUAUUUACGCUUGGAUAACAAUCUUCAUACAAGAUUCAUAUCAAACGACGUGUAGCAUAUGAUGUGCAGAAGCAUGUUCUACAAACGGUGAGUGCUCCUCGUGCAUAGACGGUUACCGCUGGAAGUUCUGCAACGACACCUGUUCAGAAGGAUGUUACAACAGACGAUGCGACCGAGAUAAUGCCAAAUGUACAUUUAGAUGUAAAUCCGGGUAUUAUGGUGACAACUGCUGUCUACCGGGCCGAUAUGGAUGGUCGUGCGAGACAUCGCUAUGUCCUAAUAACUGCCUGGAAUGCACUUUUGAUUACUCUGGUGUCACAUGUCAAAGAUGCAAAGACGAAUUUUACGGGCGAAAAUGUGAGAAUGCAUGCUCACCGAAUUGCAAAAAAUGCACAUGGUUUGAUGAUUGUCAAAUUUGCAAAGAACGUUUUUAUGGAACAAAAUGUGAAUACCAAUGCCCAGAACAUUGUACAACAUGCAAUUCGUCUCAUUCGUGUGGAUCUUGUGAAACCGGUUUUAGUGGACAAACAUGUCAAAUCCGUUGUCCAGACAACUGUAAAACUUGUAAAAACACAGAAACUUGCUCAACAUGUAGUGAGGGGUUUUCGAGACCAAAUAUGGCAUGCACGUGUGUAAAUAGCAUAUGUCAAUCUUCUGUAUGCAACACUUGCACAAAUGCGUCUUACUAUCCAGAGGACAAAUCGUGUUGCCCCUGUAGCAAUACCUGUAAAUAUGCAUCAUGCUCAUCGCCUAAACAUUGUACACACGGCUGCAAAAUAGGGUACUAUGGUACGGGUUGCCAGUUUAGAUGUACCGACAACGAUCCGAAUUGUGGAGAAUGCAAUGGAUUAAAUAGCACUGACUUUAAAUGCGUGCAUUGCAUCGAUGGAUAUUAUCCUAAUUUAGGCGGGCUUUGUAAGACAUGUUCUAACAAUUGUAUAAACACUAAAUGUAUUAAUUCCACUGGGGAAUGCGAAAAUGGGUGUCUUGACGGAUUUUGGAAUUAUCCACAAUUAGAUGGACCUUGUAGUCCGUGUUCCAAAUCGUGCAUUUUGGGUAAAUGUAAUACUUCUACUGGGCAUGGCACACAGGGAUGUCAAAACGGGUUUUGGAAUUUAACAUGCGAGUCAAAGUGCACACACAAUUGCUCAAUUUGUGAGCGGAUAAGCGGAAAGUGCUUGGUUUGCUCUUCUACAGGCCUCUUCGGAAACGAAUGCUCCCUGACGUGUAGUGGUAAGUGCGUUAAUGCAUCUUGCCAUAUGAAUGGAACAUGUACACAUGGAUGCAUCUCUGACUUUGUUGGACCGUUUUGUGAAAAGGCAUGUCCUACAAAUUGUGCUCGAAAAGAUUUUGACAACCGAUGCUCCAACGAAACAGGAAACUGUCUGUAUGGCUGCAUUGGUGAAUUUACAGGAGUCGAUUGCAUGGAAGCUCUGAAGCAAGAAAGUAGUGAAGGUACCGUUCCAACAGUUGCAAUUGGAGGAGGCGUGGCUGCUGCUGUAAUAGUCGUUGUUGUGACAGCCAUAGCUGUAUUUAUUUAUCUUCGAAGAAGGCGUCGACAACAAAAACAUGACGGCGUUCAAGAAACACAAACCUAUGUAGAAAGUCCAUCUGCACCGGUAUAUGCCUCUGUUGUUCGAAGUGGACGUACAGGUUCGGUUUAUGAAAACACAUCAUCCAUAAAAAUUCAUACCGCACCCAUUAUGGUGCGCAAUCCUGCCAAUUGUAACAGCAAUAUGCAACCACGUAUGCCAAUAGAUUGGAGUUCCAAAGCCGAUGAAGAAACUUUGGAGAUUGAUGAAUGGGACAAUAUUGCCCGCCAAAAUGCGAUCAGAUUUGAAGAGAACGGAGGGGUGUACUACAACAAUGACGAUAAAAUGAAAAAUCUGAAAAUGCCAAUUACAGAGUUGAUCAAAUUGGUGUCGUCCAAGACUAUGGACUAUUACGAAGCCGAGUUCAAGAAACUUCCAUACGGUCUUCUGAAAGACUACAAGGUGUCGCAGAUGACGGUGAACAUCACCAAAAAUAGAUAUAAAGGAAUAUAUCCAUAUGACGACCACAGGGUGAAGGUUCUUGGUGAUCAUACGGACUACAUAAACGCAAGUUUCAUUGACGGUUACAAAAGGCGAAACGAAUACAUCGCAACAUUGGGGCCAAUGUCUAAACAACUUGGCGAUUUUGGAGCAUUCUGGAAAAUGGUAUGGCAGCAGGACGUGGAGAAAAUUGUCAUGCUUACAAAUCUGGUAGAGGAAGGGAAAGACAAAUGUGAGCAGUACUGGCCCGAUUUUGGUAACAGUCAAAUGUACGGUGGUAUCCGGGUCGCAUGUCAAAGUGAAGACGAGUAUGCCGAAUUCACACGACGGUCGUUCACUCUUGUAAAGGACCGACGAACGCGGACUUUGACGCAGUUGCAUUUCACAGCGUGGCCAGACAAGGAUGUUCCGGAAGACGUUACGUCGAUCAUUGAGUUCAGGCAAUACGUCAUGCGUGCCCAAGCAACACUUGGGGGUCCAAUCAUCAUGCACUGCAGUGCAGGCGUGGGAAGAACAGGAACCUACAUUGCUAUAGACAUUCUCACGAAGGAAGGCGAAGCAGAAGGGGCAAUAGAUAUACCCGGCUGUGUACAAAACAUGCGACAAAACAGGCCGAAUAUGGUUCAGACUGCUGGCCAGUAUAAGUAUCUUCACCACGCAGUUUAUGCUCUGACAAAUGACGUCCAUCCCGUGGCCGGUACGAAAUUCCAAGCGCAUAUGGAUACAACGUCAAAGGAUAAAAUUUUCAACAUGUUUCAACAUGUGCAAGAUAUAAAAACAUACGGAUCAUUGGAUGAAUCUGAAGCCGUGGAAAAGAACACCAAAUGCGCUGACAAAAACGGAGAUGGGGCUGAUAUUCCAGGAGAUGAAUAUCGCCUCCGGCUUCACCUUAACCGCAGACCAGGGUCCUCAGACUAUAUUAAUGCAGUUUUCGUGAGUAGUUUUAAAACGAAGAAUAAGUACGUCAUUGCACAAACCCCUCUCCCGAAUACGGUCAUUGAUUUCAUCACGAUGCUUGUCCAGACGGAGUGUUCGUGCAUUGUCGAUUUUGAACCAUCAACGAUGCGUAAUGGGAACAUCGGCGAGUAUUUACCCGCGGACAAUCAGGUUUUAAAGAUAGGUGUCUUCAACGUCCGUUGUUCGAGGCCCGAAGCAAAUGCUUACCGCAUUAAACGGACAAUGACUAUUGAACAUCGAGCGAAUCAGACAAACGCGGAACUGUCUUUAACGCAUCUGGGGUUUACAAACUGGGACAUGGAAGAACCUGUACCAAAAUCUCCGUUUGACUAUAGGCGAUUUAUUGCCGAAGUUGACGCAGUAACAGCCAGCACGAACUCAGAUAAACCAGUCGUUUUACAUUGUUGGGAUGGUGCAAGUAAAUGCGGCCUAUUUUGUGUUGUUGCAAAUCUCCUUCAGAAGAUGGCGUUAGAGCAUGAGGUCAGCGUAGUUAACGCUGUUAGGACGGUGAAGACCAGAAGAAAGGGCGCGAUUCCAAACCUUGAGCAGUUUCAGUUCUGCCAUGACUGUGUGCUGGACUAUGUGCAAAAUGUCAACAUCUACGCCAAUGUUGCUGCUGAUCUCUCCGAUUGCUGACAACAGAAUCGCAGCUACGACCGUAUCCCGGACAGCAUUCAUAGCUUUACAGUGUAUACCAUCAUGACUGUUGAUGUCUCUGAUUACUGGCUACAUACUGUCUGUCAACAUUGUCUCCUGGAUUAUAUGAACAACAUCGAUAUCUACUUCGAUGUUUCAGCUUAUAUCUUCGAAUGUUGACUAUCUAAUGUCUAAAAUUACUGUUUCUGAAUUACAUUAACAGAUUUUAUAACUUCUACAACUUCGGUGCAGAUCCAUUAGAUCGUUGACUACAGAGUCACGGUAAUGACAUUGUUACCUACAACCAGAGCUUUAACAUCUCAAACUUCGCAGCAAACCUCUUAAGAUUGCUUACCUGAUUUAACAAGUGCAAAUCAGUUGUCUUUGCUUAUGUCUUAAUUUGUUGAUACAUUUGCACACACACAAAAAUGUGAUUUCCAUAUUAUCUGAAAGGAAAGUUGGAGCAAUCCGUGUGCACAUCUAUAAUGAGAUUUGUUUAAUGUUAACAUUAUUUUUUCAAUCAAAUAGGGCCUCUUUUUCUAGGUAAUGAUAAUAUGUAUUAAUUCAUAAAGUCCUUGUUAAAAUUUAUGCAAUGUUUCAUUGCUUGUAGUGGUAAAAACGUUUGCGUUUUGGUCUAUCAUAAAUCUACCACCAACAAGCGAAAUCUAUUGCAUGCAAUGAUGCAUACUUAUCGCAACACAAACAAUGGCGUUACGAUACGCGACACAAUUCAAUGGAUACAUAACGCAUUGAACAGCUUUCUGGUUAUUGUGAAGUAUAUUUGACUUUAACACAAGUGUUUAUAUCUCGAUAUUUUUAAGAUAGGGUGUAUUUAAUACUGGCGUACACAUGAUACAUGUUUCCCUUAAAAACCGUCGAAACUGUUGGACUAAUUUGGAUUGAUGACUACUUCCCAAGAUCGCUAUGUUGUUUCAUUGUAAAUAAUAAAUUAUUGUGUAGAAAUUAUACGACUCGCGUCGAAAAUAUAAUUGCAAAUACCUUAUAAGGAAAAAGUGUACUAACAUUAUUUACAUUUUCGUUUUGUUUUUUAUCGUUCUAAAAAUAAUUGUUAAGUGUAUUUGUUAUCACCUUGUUUUUGUUUUACCUAUAGGACAUUAAUAAUUACGUUUUUGUCUAAAUACAAACUAUUGCAAUGUGUGGUUAUCGCUUUUAUUAUUACGGAUGAUUGCCUUGCCAUUGGAACUGAGUGAUGUCUAUAGAUUUAUUAACUGUAUCAAAUGUUACUGUAUAUGUACAGUUCUAUAGUUUUAUAUAGUUUUUAAAAAGUGUAAUGAGUAUGCUGUAUGUGGAAAUACGUGUGGGAAAUGCUUGUUGAUUAUUAAAAUGUCUAAAUAUUUUGAUCAAGUUAGGCAUAUACAUUUUGCAGUCAUUUGAUAAGGUAAAUGUAAUGGGAUGCAGCGGAUUGAGUGUUUUCCGAUCAGCAUCAUUCAGAUGAAUAUGGCUACAGAUAAUCAAAGUCGUGUAUAUUUUGUGUUGAGUCGUUGCCAUAAAUCCUUUAUUUAACGAAACAUACAACGUUAAUUAUAUCGUAAUAUUACACCUCAGAGAUAUUGGUCCUUCUAUAUCUAUAUGACCGGUUUCAGUCUGUAUAAUGCGAUAGAGAAACCUAAGAGUAUAUGGACCGGUCACUAUUUUUUGUAUAUGGACCGUUCGGGGUUACACACCAAUAAAUUUGUACUGUUUUACUGUAAAAUGACGUCAUUUUUUAACGAAAUGACGUCAUUAUUUCUUCGAAGUUCUUCAGUUUAUCUCUUAAACCUUAAACAAUCGUACAACACUGUACAAUGGUAAAGGUGAAACUCUUCGGUGUAAUAUAAGAAAUAGUAAACUCUACUUCGGUCCCAAUGGCAUUAUAGUGACCAGCCAGGCAGCCACAAACUGUAUAUUGACCUCAGCCUACGGCUUCGGUCCAUAUACGUUUUGUGGCUGCCUGGCUGGUCACUAUAAUGCCAUAGGGACCUCAGUGGGGUUUACCAUUUCUUAAUUACUCGAUGAUGAAUGUUUCAAUUACGAUAAUGCCGUUUGACGCUGCCUCUAAAAUAGUUCUGAAUAGAAAAGUAAAAAGAAAGUAGACGAGGGCAGCAUACUUAAGACUAAGAGUUAUAUGACCAAUGCUUUCAGUAACAGGUUCUCAUCCUGAUAUUUAUUUAAUGGAAUUUAAGUUCAAUGCAAUUUACUGCUUUGCUUUGACCGAGACUUCAAAUACAAAUGUCGGCCUGGAAACACGUCAUCUUGCAAUUAGAAAUACUACUUUUUAUUUAUCGAGGUCCACCACCAAUUAAAAUAUUUAUCAUGUUCAAAUAAAUAUUUUUACUUUUCAGUUGAAAUGUGGAAUACAUUUUAACGUUCUGGAAAUCUGUUCAUGAUUUAAGCGUAAAUACCAAAGUUAUCGUAUCCCUUAUUAUGUUUAAACAAUAAUAGUUGUUCUUUAUAAUUGAAUAAAUUUAUUCAAUUUUGUGUGAUUAAGUCGAUUCUUAUUUCCUAUAGAUAUGCAAUGCUAUCGUGCGCAUGUGAGCAUGAGAUUUUGUCUUUUUUAUUUACUUUAUUAUAUACACGAAUGAAUGUGGAAAAACAAUAAGUGUAUCAAUGUAAUCAUUACUUUUUAUCCUUAUGUGUCAUCUUUACUGAAAUAAUGUUAUUGUUAAAUUGUUACCUUUUAAGUAUAUCUCUGUUAAUUUAGAUAAAAUAGUAGCAUGUUACAUUACAAUUUGAGCAUUUGAUAGAUCUUAAAUGGCUUUAUAUUUGGUUAAAAUGUUUUCUUAAUGAGUCUCCUUCUUAAAACAAAGAUAUAACUGUUAAUGUGAUAAUACCAGUUACAUUCAUUGGUAAAUAAAAUGUUAUUUUCUUUGUCCUGGGUAUAAAUUUUGAAAACUUAGAAUGAGCUUGUGCUUUCCGCCUAAGAUCAACCAAUAUCUACAAGCUACAUCAUAGUAUCGUUUCCUUUCACGAGUACUUGGCGAAACCCAUUUGUACUUUUUCUUUUAGCGCGUAAUGACCCUUUAGUGAUGUCAUUCAUUAACAUGCAAUUAAAGAACCUCUUAAAGAAUUGCUUACACAAUUGAUUUCCCCGAAAGAGUUACUUGUAUAUUCACUCGAUAUGCAACUGUAUUUUUAUAUUUGAUAAAAAUGAAUACUCCCUUUUGCGCCA